CAUCAAACCCCCUCCCUUUUCUUUCUCCUGCUACUUCUUCGUCGGGUCUGGUUCUCCCACCUUGAGCUCGCCGAAAAAGUCCUCAAUUCCGACCGCUGGAACGUGUACAAGAACUUUCAAUUAGCGAGAAAGGUGGAGAAGCUUGAAAAGAAUAUUUCAAGGUUCUUGCAAACUACUGUGCAAGCUCAUGUGCAUCAUCUAAGGUUCGAUUCGGCGGAGAGGUUUGAUCGGCUUGAGGGUUCGGCUCGAAGGUUGGAGCAGCGGCUUGGAGCGAUGAAGAUGGGGGGAUGA